AUGGCGAACAACUUGGAGCCUAUAGCCAUCAUAGGAUCUGGCUGUCGCUUUCCGGGAUCAAGUUCUACGCCUUCCAAGCUAUGGCAGCUGCUCAGCCAGCCAAGAGACGUUGCGCGUCAGAUCCCCCCCGAGAGAUUCAACGUCAACAGCUUCUACCAUUCCGACGCGGCUCAUCAUGGCACGAGCAACGUCAAGGUCUCUUACUUCCUUGAUCAGGAUGUGACCAAGUUCGACGCCCCUUUCUUCAAUGUGAAACCAAUGGAAGCCAAGACCAUGGAUCCGCAACACCGCCUCCUCCUCGAGACUGUCUACGAGGCAGUCGAGGCUGCUGGUCUCGAUAUCGCCAGACUUAAGGGGACGAAUACGGCGGUUUACUGUGGCGUCAUGUGCGGUGAUUACGAGAACCAACUCCUUAGGGACAUAGACAACCUCGCACGAUACCACGCAACCGGCAUUGGUCGAAGUUUGAUGUCCAAUCGAAUUUCCUACUUCUUCGACUGGAAGGGUCCGUCCAUCACUCUCGAUACAGCCUGUUCCUCUAGUCUUGUUGCUGUGCACGAGGCUGUUCAAGUCCUGAGAAGUGGGCGGUCCAACGUUGCUGUUGCGGCGGGGUCGAACUUGCUCUUAGGACCCGAGAACUACAUCGCCGAGAGUAACCUCAACAUGCUUUCUCCCGAUGGCCGAAGCCGUAUGUGGGAUGUGGAUGCCAAUGGUUACGCCCGUGGAGAAGGCGUGGCGGCCGUCGUCUUGAAGACGCUUAGCCAGGCUCUUGCCGACGGCGACCCUAUCGAAUGUAUCGUGCGGAACACUGGGAUCAACCAGGAUGGCAGGACGUCUGGCAUUACGAUGCCUAGUCCGACAUCGCAGACCGAACUCAUCCGGAGCACCUACCGUGAGAUUGAUCUGGACCCUUUGACUUCACGGCCCCAAUAUUUCGAGGCCCAUGGAACCGGAACCCCAGCUGGUGACCCAGUUGAGGCCAAAGCUAUUCAUGAUGCUUUCUUUGGUGGCGAGACUCUUUCUCACGAUAGCGAGAAGCUGUUUGUUGGAUCUAUCAAGACAGUUAUUGGUCACACCGAAGGUACUGCUGGUCUUGCUGCUCUUUUAAAAGCUUCGUUGUGUCUUCAGGCCGGGAAAAUUGCCCCGAAUUUACUGUUCAACAACUUGGCACCCAGCGUCCAGCCUUACUAUGGUCACCUCGAAAUCCCAACAGCUUUGUCAGAAUGGCCCGCUUUGCGUCCUGGGGAGCCCAGGAGAGCUAGUGUCAACAGUUUUGGGUUCGGCGGUGCCAACGCCCAUGCCAUUCUCGAGGUCUAUGAGCCCAAUGAAUCAUCAGUGUUGGAACGGAAGAAGGUUGCGGUCGAUGUGGACAACAUCGCGCAACCUAUUGUGCUUUCAGCUGCGUCCCAAUCGUCACUUCGAUCGUUAGCAUCUUCAUAUCUUCAAUACUUGGCCGACAAGCCUUCAACCGACAUCCCUAACCUUGCUUGGACUCUUGCCUCCCGCCGGACAACCCACGCAUUCAGAAUCACUUACGCGGCCGCCAAUGCAGACGAGUUGGCCAAGGAAAUCAGCAAGUCGCUCGAGGCAGAGAAGUUCGGCGUGGAGGCGCGCAUAAGAGACUCCGAUGGUGCCCCUCUCAGAGUGCUUGGUGUAUUUACCGGCCAAGGGGCGCAAUGGGCUGGAAUGGGUCGUGAACUGGUAACUAGGUCGCCCCUCUGCAGCCAGAUCGUUGACUCUUUGGACCGACAUCUCACGCGACUCCCUGCUUUCGAUCGCCCCUCCUGGACCCUUCGGCAGGAGCUUCUGGUGGAUGAGCAAGCAUCACGCAUUUCGCAAGCUGCUUUAUCGCAGCCGCUGUGCGCUGCUAUCCAAAUCAUGCUCGUCGAAGUCCUCAAAACCGCCGGAUUGGAGUUUUCCGCCGUCGUCGGCCAUUCAUCCGGCGAAAUUGGAGCCGCGUACGCAAGUGGUGUUGUCUCUGCACAAGAUGCCAUCACGAUUGCGUACUACCGCGGCCUCCACAGCAAGCAUGCCCAGGGCCGAAAUGCCGCAAGGGGCUCGAUGCUUGCUGUUUCGAACUCGUUGCGAGAGGCACAAGAGCUCAUCGCCGGCUACGACGGGCGAAUCUCAAUUGCUGCGUCUAACUCGGACUCCAGUGUCACGCUUUCAGGUGACGAGGAGGCUAUCAAUGAUAUCAAAAGUCGACUAGAAGGCGAGAAGUGUUUCGCUCGCCUUCUCAAAGUCGACAAGGCCUAUCACUCGUAUCACAUGGAGCCCUGUGCUGAACCCUAUGGGUCUGCUUUGGCUAAGAACACAUCUACAACUGUCGGUAAGGCCAAGUGUCCCUGGUAUUCUAGCGUUCAUGCCGGCGAGCUGGGGCCUGACGCAAUUUCAAAGAGAGGCACGGGGCAAUACUGGGUCGAUAACAUGGUGCAGACUGUCCUCUUCUCUCAGGCUGUGCGGGCAGCUGCUCACGAAAGCGGUCCCUUUGACCUCGUUAUGGAGGUCGGUCCUCAUCCGGCUCUGAAGGCCCCGGCGCUCCAGAUUCUGGGGAAAAGUGCAGGCGCAUACUUAGGAACCCUUAGCAGAGGAAAUGAUGCUAUCGCUGCGCUUUCCUGCAGUUUAGGGAGCGCGUGGUCGCACUUGGGCCCUCUGGUGAACCUCGCCGACUACAUUGAAUCUACGAUGACCGGCGAUAAGAAACCCACGGUGUCUACGGGACUUCCGACGUACGCUUGGGAUCACGAGGCAUCUUAUUGGCAUGAGUCUAGGCGCUCACGCUUGCUUCGUCUUUCGGGGGGAUCUCACCACGAGCUUUUGGGCCGACUGUGCCCGGAAGUAACGGCAAGACAGAUCAGCUGGCGCAACUUCCUAGAUCCCAAGGAAAUUCAUUGGCUAGACGGACACCAGCUUCAAGGUCAGAGUGUCUUGCCUGCCGCUGGCUACGUUGUCAUGGCCAUUGAAGCGUCUCGCACCAUCGCUCAACGACGAGGAAAGCAGCUUCGUCUCGUCGAAGUGGAAGAUAUAACCAUCCGCCAAGCCGUGACUGUGGGCGAAAACGGUGAUGUCGAGACGCUGCUCUCCUUGACGGAGUUGGAGGUGGAUGACCGGAGUAUGAGCGCCGUCUUUUCUCUCUUUACUAGUUCUGGCAAUCAGAGUGAUUCAAUGGCUCUAGUGGCGGAUGGACGGGUCAAAGCCACGCUCAAGGAGGAGGAUGAAGAAGAUGGCAGCAUCCGGCUCCUCUGUCCUAGUGUGGAUCAUGAUGGCAAGUUACUGACACGUCUUGACGCGUCAGAGUUCUACGAGUACCUUGAUUCAUUGGGUUAUGGAUACUCUGGCCCGUUCCGUAUUCUCUCAGACAUUGAGAGGUGCUUGGACUCUGCCCGAAGCACGCUGGUGGCCGACGAUUCCGACAAGACGUAUAUCGUCCAUCCCGCCGUGCUUGACUGCGCGUUCCAGACCGCAAUCCUGGCAUUCAGCGCCCCCUAUGACGGUGGAUUAUGGUCUCUUCAUGUACCAACCUCGAUCAAGAGGGUUGUUGUUGACGCGCAGUUGGCGAAGGAAGCCUCAAGAAUCGAUGUCACGGCCGAGCUCGAUAAGGAAGACAAAGCUCCAAUUUGUGGUGAUCUCGACCUUUGCUCAACCGGCGAAGCCAUUGUUCAGGUUGAGAGAAUUCGCUGUGUACCAUUUGCCCGGGCUACCGAGGUGGAAGACACCUUGCUUUUCUCCGAGACAGUCUGGGAUGUCGAGAAGCCGGAUGUCGCCAAGGUUGUGUACGACGGCCAACCGACGGAAUACGAACACGAACUGGCUGUUGUGGCUGAACGCGCCUGUUACUAUUACCUGCGGCUUCUGGACCACGAGAUUCCACGAGACCAUCCGGCGCGAACUGAAGGGCCUUAUGUUGGGAUGUUCGAAUACACCCGGUAUAUUCUCGACAGGGUCGCCGCCGAUGACCAUCUAUAUGUCAAGAAGGAAUGGGACUCCGACUCCUGGGAAGAUAUUGAGAGAAUAUGUAAGCCGUACAAGGACACAGUAGACAUCCGUAUGGUACAUGCUGCAGGUCAAAACUUCCGCAACGUUGUUUGGGGCAAGACGACAAUGCUAGAGCACAUGCGCAAGGACGGUCUCCUUGAUCGGUACUACGAAAAGGCUCUUGCCUUUCCCCAGUACAACAAGUACGCUGGCCGUGCUGUUGCGCAGUUGAGUCAUCGGUUUCCGAACAUGAACAUACUUGAAGUUGGUGCUGGUACUGGUAGUGCUACGAAGACUAUCCUGAAGGAUCUCAAGGGGGCGUACAGUUCUUACACCUUCACCGACAUCUCUUCGGGCUUUUUCCCCACGGCCGUAGAAGUUUUCACCGACGAACUCGACAAGUUAAUCUUCAAAACCCUCGACAUCGGACAAUCUGGAAAGGAUCAAGGCUUCACCGAACAGUCAUACGAUCUCAUCGUGGCUUCUUUCGUCCUUCACGCCACCGAGAAGCUCGAGCAGACGAUGCGCAACGCCCGUCGUCUGUUGAAACCGGGCGGUUACAUCAUGAUGCUCGAGGUCACUGACAACGAGCCCAUCCGCGAGGGUUCUGUCUUUGGCUGCCUGCCCGGCUGGUGGCUCGGUCGCGAUGACGGGCGUGUCUACUCGCCCUGUAUCAACGUCGUUGAGUGGGAUCAGCUGCUGCGGAAGACGGGUUUCGGAGGUGUUGACGCCGUCACCCCUGAGCUCGACCCACUUGCCCACCCGGUCUCUCUCAUCGUGUCUCAGGCCGUCGAUGACCGCGUCCAGUGUCUCCGCGAGCCUCUCACAGCUCCUUCAACCCUUCGCGACCCCUUGUGCAGCUGUGAUCUAUUGAUCGUCGGAGGCAAGAGCCUGGCUGUCGUUAGACUCGCGAGGUCCAUCUCCGACGCCAUGAAAGGCCGCUGUCGUCGGACAACCAUUGCGAAGUCGCUGGAGACCGUCUCUCCCGACAGUCUCGGCCCCCAGACAGUUGUUCUGAGUCUCGUUGACCUUGAGAACCCAGUAUUCAGUGACCUCACCGAGGGACGCUGGAACUUUCUCAAACGGAUAUUUGAGGAGUGCAAAAAGGUCCUCUGGGUCACGCAGGGUCGUCUGGCCGAGAAUCCUCAUGCCAACAUCUCCCUUGGCUUCGGUCGUACUCAGCUGCUCGAAGCGAUCGGUUUGACCUGUCAGUUCGUCGAUUUGGACAGCGUCCAGUCGUCAAAUGCGACCCUACUGAGCGAGUUGCUGUGCCGGUUGGCUUAUUUCGCGCAAUGGACUGCAGACGGUAUCGCAAAUGAUAGCAACUUGCUGUGGACGAUGGAGCAAGAAGUUAUCUUCAAAGAUGGUGCAAUCCUGUUGCCACGUCUCAAGCGCAGCCCUCGGCUCAAUAACCGUUACAACUCCAGCCGACGCCCAAUAUCAAUAGACGUGCCUGCAUCCAAGGUUACUUUGGGGACCCAAGACGGGUGUUCAAUUGGGUUUUCUGAGGCGGCAACUGACCCUGUACAACCCGUCGAGUUGACCGCCAACGCCUCGGAGGAUGAGGAAGAAUACGUUGAGCUGUGCGUCGACUUCUCGAUUGCGACGCCUCUCAAGCUUGCACCAGAUUUUGCAUCUCUGUUUGUCGCGUCUGGUCACAUUCAAGAUCAGCCGACAUCCACAAUAACGACUCUGUCGCCGGUACUGGCGUCAAACCUGCGACAACCUCGCUCGCUGGUGAUUCCCUUCAGCCCCUUAUCCAAUUCGGCUGAUGACCUUAGGGCUGUGGCCUGUGGUCUGGUCGCGACAACCGUCCUUGGUCCCUUGAAGAGUGGACAGUCGCUCUUGGUUUACCACGCAGACGCAACGCAGGCCGAUAUCCUGUCUUUCUACGCCAAACAGAAGUCAGUCACGGUUACCUUUGCAGCACCCCAAGGUCUCGCAGCACUUCCCGUUGACUGCAUAGAAAUCCCUCAACAUGCCACCUCGAGAGCAGUACGUCGACUACUUCCCGAGAGUGUCCAUUUUUUUGUCGAUCUAUCGCACAAGUUCGAGUCCGAUGCCCUUCUCGAGCAACUCCUCCGCUUGCUUGGGAAGCGCGCAACCAUUAUUCCAUCGCCUUUUCGCUUCGUUUCCGGCGGCGAACAGCCAGCAGUCUCCUUGAAGAUGACUACUCAGCAAUCCAAUCAUCUAGGCACGUUAUUGCGCGCCGGUCUGGUGCACUCGUCUGCAGCAUCAAAGACCUCGCGAUCUGCGGAGAAGCCUGUAGUUUCGUUGAGAUCGUUGCAAACGCACGGAGGGUCGCCCCUCGACCAGCCACUGAGCGUCUUGGACUGGAGGCCAGGAGAAGACUGCUAUCUGCAGGUACCUGUGCUACCGGCAGAUAGUCGUCUGCAGUUCCGCGGUGACAAAACAUACUGGCUCCAAGGUCUGUCAGGAUCCUUGGGACUCUCCCUUUGCCAUUGGAUGAUCACGAAGGGCGCAAAGCACAUUGUACUGUCCAGCAGAAACCCCAAAAUCGACGAGAAAUGGCUCCAGAGAAUGAAGAGGCUCGGGGCAGUUGUUGUUGUCUUCUCAUGCGAUAUCACUUCGAAAGCUUCAGUCAAAGAUGUCUACAACCAAAUCCGCUCCGACAUGCCACCCAUCGCCGGCGUGACCCAAGGAGCCAUGGUGUUGGAUGACGGUGUGAUCCAAAACAUGACGUACGACAACGUCAUGGGUACCCUACGCCCCAAGGUGGAUGGCAGCAUUCAUCUCGAGGAGGUGCUUCUCGAUACUCCUCUCGACUUCUUCAUCUUCUUCUCGUCUGGCGCCUUCGUCACCGGCCGUAUGGGCCAGGCGAACUACACGGCCGCUAAUGCCUUCAUGGUCAGCGUGGCGAGGCGACGACGCAGAAAGGGUCUCGCGGGCUCGGUGCUGCACCUCGGUCCCGUCGUGGGCGUCGGUUAUGUCGAGCGCAUCGACCGGCAGGCCGUCCGAGACGGACUGAUCAAGACGGGGUACAACUUCAUGUCCGAGUCCGACUUCCACGUUGCCUUUUCCGAGGCAGUCUUAGCCAGUCCGGCAGGCUCUGAUAACGACAUCGAGGUUACAACGUGUGUGCGCUCGUUCUCCAAAGAUGAUGUCGAGAAGCCCGUAUGGUGUGAUAACCCCCGUAUGAGCCAUCUGGGCGUCCAGAGAGCAACUGCAUCUCAAGCUACGGAUGCGAAGUCGGACGCUUCGGUGAAGUCGCAGCUUCUCGAAUGUACUUCCAACGCGAGUGCGCAUCGGGUGAUUCAAGAUGCCUUUGUCCAAAAGCUCAAGGGGUCCUUGCAGCUCGUGAUCGAGGGUGACGCGGUCGGUACUCAGGACCUGGACUCGGCCGGUGUCGACUCUCUCAUCGCCGUCGAGAUCCGAGCUUGGUUCUCACAGACCCUCGGCAUCAAUGUCCCUGUGCUCAAGAUUCUGUCGGGCGUUACCGUGGUGGACCUGGUCAGGUUCGCAAUGACCGAAAGGCCCCCUGGCCUGACACCCAAGCUCACGGGCAGCAAUACCGACAAGGACGGAGACUAUGCCGUUCAUCAGUCUCCUGCAUUCUCGACGCGAAUUUGCAAUGUUGCUUCGGGCCUAGAUCGCGACAGCAGCGACGACGAGACCUCGUCCGACAAAACAUCGAGCUCGAACUCUCCCGGCGUGUCCUCCACAGACGACAUCACCAAGUCCAACCUUUCCUUCUCCCCGGCCCUAACGACAUCCGGAGAGCCCGACCAGCCAGACCUCUCUUCGAAACAGUUUCACCAUGAUGGUGCCCGAGAAGCCCAAAAGUCCAGCUUGAGCAACGUCAUCAGGUCCGAGCCUCUCUGCUACGGCCAGGCCAUGUUUUGGUUCACUAAGACGUUUCUAGAUGAUCCCACGACCUUGAAUCACGCUGCGCUGUGUCGCAUCACCGGCCCUCUACGCAUUGACGACCUCAGCCGCGCCGUCCGGGCCGUGGCCAACCGCCACGAGUCUCUCAGAACCUGCUUCAUCCAAGACGUAGACGGGGAACCGCUGCAGGGCAUCAUGGAAGAAUCGUUGAUGGAACUCCAUGUUGAGGAAAUUGGGACUCAGGCUGAAGCUUGGGCAGCUCUGAAUCAAAUGAUGGCACACGUCUACGACCUUGAGCGAGGAAACCUUAUGAAUGUCAAGCUAUUGAAACUCACCGAUGAUCCGAUGACUAGUUUCCUGCUCGUCGGCAGUCACCACAUCAACUUUGAUGGCUUCAGCUCCACUAUUCUCUUGAGACACUACCAGCUCGCGUACGCCGGAAUGCCCUUGCCAUGGGACAUCCUGCAGUACCCUGACCUCGGCCGCCAGCAGGUCAGGGACUUGAAGGAGGGGAAAUGGAAAGAUAAGUUGUCUUUCUGGAAACAGAAGUUCAGCCGUCUUCCUCCGGCCCUGCCCCUUCUUCCCAUGGCUCGGGUUGCUUCGCGCGGUACUCUUGAAAGGUACGAUCACCACCGUCGAGACAUACGCCUUGAUGCCCGGACCUGCUCCAUAGUCAAGGCUUCGUGUCGCCGGCUGAGAUGCACCCCUUUCCACUUCUACCUUGCAGCCUUCCGCUUCCUCUUGACACGACUCUGCGGCAAUGAUGACGACAUCAUGUGUGUCGGCAUUGCAGAGGCUAACCGCAACGGCUCCGAGACCGCAGACUGCCUGGGACCCGUGAUGGGCCUCCUCCCUCUCCUGUUCAAUUCUUCCUCUGGCGUGACAAACUUUGCUCAACUCGUCCGUGAUACGAAGGAGACAACCCUCGAAGCACUGUUCAAUGGUGGCGUCCCGUUCGAGCUGUUACUGCAGGAAUUACAAGUGCCCCGAUCUCGCGACCACAGCCCGCUUUUCCAGGCCUUUGUCGAUUAUCGGAUGGGCACUCAGGAGAAGCUCGCCUUCGAUGACUGUGAGCUUGAGAUGCUGCGCCUCGAGCCGGGUAGGUCGGCCUACGACAUCAGCCUCGACAUCAUCGACAACGGCAACAGCGGUGCGGGGGACUGUUUGGUAUCCGUUAUGGCCCAGAAGUCUUUGUACGACGAGGCGGCCACAGAUCUUCUGGCUUCUUGCUAUUAUCAUCUGGUCCAAGGGCUGUCAACAGAGUCAUCGCGCCCGUUGGAGAAUAUUCAAUACUUCCCGCCCUCGAGCUUGUGCAAGGCGUUGGAGUUCGGCAGUGGCGAGUUAUGCGACUCAGAGUGGAACACAACGCUCCCGGAGAGGAUCAUGUGCAUUGCCAGGAAGUACCCGCACAAGAUUGCCAUCAAGGACGGGAAUGGAAGCGUUCUGUCCUACAAGGCUCUGACAGAGAGAGUCAUUGCCAUCUCCGAGGCUCUUGAACCCCUCGUAAAGUCGCCGCGGCCGACGAUAGUGGUGUAUCAAGAACCGUCCGCCGACUGGGUCUGUUCCAUGAUCUCCAUCAUGAGAAUUGGCGCCAUAUACGUGCCGCUCGACAUGGGCACGCCUGUCUCUCGACUUAGCCAGAUUGUAGAGGAUUGCAAGCCUGAAGUUCUGCUGGUAGGCAGCCAGACAGUCGAGAGCGCCAAGGCGGAGCUGAUGCCAUCCAGCCCAGAGACGGCAGCCAUACUGAACGUGGAGGACAUUCCGUCAAAGGUGUCAUGGAGCGGAGGAAGAAACAUGAACACCAUUGCCGCGCAAAAAAACAAAAUCGAGGAGGGUUACGCUUUGCCCUGCGCCAUCCUCUAUACGAGCGGCUCGACCGGGGUCCCGAAGGGUAUCGUCCUCACGCACGGCAACAUCGCCAAUGAGGUCGAGCAGUCCGCCCGCACCUACGGCUUCGGCCCGGACGACGUGAUCCUCCAGCAGAGCGCUCUGAGCUUCGACAUGUCGGUAACCCAGAUUUUCUCCGCCGUCGCGUUCGGCGGCACGCUGUGCAUGGUCUCGCGGGCGCUGCGCGGCGACGCCGUCGGCAUCACGGCUGUCAUGGUCCGCGAGAACGUCACCUUCACGGGCGCCACCCCGUCCGAGUACACCAUGUGGCUGGCAUACGGCCAUCUCCAUCUCUCGCGCUGCCCCUGGCGCAUUGCAGUGGCCGGUGGCGAGCCGAUCAAGGUCUCGCUGCUCGAGCGGUUCCGGGCUCUAGAUAAUAAGCACCUCCGUUUGUUCAACGCGUACGGCCCAACUGAGGUUACCUGCUCUGCUACCAGGAUGGAGCUUGACUACCUCAACCCCAAAAGCUCGCUUUACGCAGACAUGGUGGUCUCCGCCGGCAGACCGGCACCCAAUAGCUUCGUGUAUCUUGUCGACGAGAAGACCGCAAGUCUCCAGGCCGUCCCCGCCGGGGUCUCGGGAGAGAUUGUCGUUGCCGGCGCCGGCGUUGUCCAGGGGUAUCUCAACCGUAGAGACCUCACAGAGGCCAGAUUUGUCCCAGGCACGUACUUUUCAGACGUGUGCCGUGCCAAGGGAUGGAGCAUGAUGCACCAUCGCACCGGGGACCGCGGCCGGUGGCUGGCGGACGGCACCCUCUUGAUUGAGGGCAGGACCACCGGCCACGAUACCCGGGUCAAGCUCGGCGGUAUACGUAUCGAUCUCGGUGACAUUGAGGCCGUCAUCGCCCACGCCGGCGAGGGACUCAUCGCAGAGACCGCCGUCACGCUGCAUUGCCCCUCGGGCCUCGGCAACGGUAUGUCUGGCAGUGCCGCCGACGAGCAGAGUGGCUUCCUCGUUGCCUAUGUCGUGUUGCAGCCGCACGCGACCUUAGACCUGGAGCGCUUCCGCACUGCCCAAAUUGCACCCAGGCUCCCUCUCCGCAUGGUGCCCGCCGCUAUUUUCCGCGUUGGUCGCCUCCCGAUCACCGUCUCAGGUAAGCUCGAUCGUCGUGCUAUCGCGGAACUGGACAUGACGACUCUGGCCGCCGACAAAACCGGCAACAGCGGCGGCGUGGCGGAUUUCCUUCCGAAUGACGCUGUGAACCCGUCGAGAGACAACGUUAUCCCGACGGCUUUGAGCCCUGAUGAGGCCACGAUGCUUGACCUCUGGACUACGGUUAUUCCCUCCGACCUCAUCCGCAGCGGACGUGUCAGCAUUCUCCCUGGCACCGACUUCUUCCACGUGGGAGGCAACUCGCUGCUCCUCAUCAAGCUGCAAGCGUCCAUCCGCAAGACCUACGGCGUCAAGAUUCCUCUCGUAGAGCUCUUUGAGCACAGUUCGUUAAGGAAGAUGGCCCUCCGAACUCAGGGGGGGAAGAGCAUCGACACGACGUCGUCAUUUGUUGACUGGGAGGCCGAGACGGAAGUGCCCGUCGAAUGGGCAUCAAAAGAGGCAAAAAGGAGCAAGAGCAAAAUGCAUGAAGCGACCGUCGUCCGGCGAGUUGUCAUGACCGGAGCCUCCGGAUUCCUAGGGGCGAAACUGCUCGAAAAACUCGUGGCCGACCAGAACGUUGAGACUGUCUACUGCGUCGCCGUCAGGAACCCGGCGAAACUCAUCGCGGCGACGGCGGCCGCCCAGAGCCCCAAGGUCUCUAUCUUCCCUGGCGACCUGACACAAGGACGACUGGGCCUCUCCGUCGCCGACGUUGAGACCAUCUUUGGCGCCGCGAACGCCGUCCUGCACAACGGCUGCGAUGUCUCGCACAUGCGCUCCUAUACCAGCCUGAAGCCGAUUAAUUAUGACUCUACGCGGGAGAUAGUCCGCCUGGCCAUCCCCCACCGCAUCCCCGUCCACUACGUCUCCAGCGCCGAAGUCGCCAUCUACAGCGGCGAAGCCGAUUUCCCUCCCAGGUCUGCCGCCCCCUUUCCCCCGCACUCCGGCGAUGGCAUCCGUUCUGCGGAUGGGUACACCGCAUGCAAGUGGGCGAGCGAGCGCUUUCUCGAGAAGUCAUGCCGCGUGGUUCCCGAAUUGUGCGUAUCGAUAUACCGCCCGACCAGCAUCGUACGGGGAGCCACCGCCGUCGAUAUCGACGCCGUUCUCGGCGCUGCCUGUAGUGACGGCAACGACGGGGAUAGUCCGGCGCGUGAUCUGUGGCAGGAGCUCUUCUACUUCUCCGCCCGGCUCCGCGCCGUGCCGACGAGCUCCGUGAUCCGCGGCGUGAUCAAUUUUGUCGGUGCCGAGAACGUUGUCAGCGGCAUACUUGACGGCGUGAUGGGUCGCAGUCUUGAUGGGGAUGACACCAAGUCGCUGCAGCGACCGCGUUAUGUGAACUUGGGUGGCUGCGUUGAGAUGCCUACUGAAGAGUGGCAAAAACGGUUAGAAGAACAGAUUGGCGCCGAGGUUGAGGCUAUUUCGUUGGGGGAGUGGGCGGCUAGGGCCAAAGAGGCCGGUUUGAACCCGGUUUUGGCGCAGUUCUUCGCGCAUGUUGAGUCGAUGGGCGGCUUGGUGUUUCCCAAGAUCUUGUCUAGAUGA